AUGCCUUCCCUGCACCAUGGAGCAAUCUUCACCGGAGCCUUCCUCAUUGUGACUGGGGGGUCCACAGCCUUCCUGACUUCAUCCCAGAGUCGCCUGCAGGCUUUCUCCCUCUGCUGUGUGGUGCUGGGGGUGGUCAUGCUCAUCCUUGGGUUAUUUUGGGCUAUGAACAGCAAAAGUGCUGCUAAUUACAACCACAGCGAGUACGACCAAGAGUGCCCGCAUUAUUCGUACGAGUACACCAACUACCCCGGCCAAGCCUACUUCACUUCCCCAGGGAAUCGGUUCCCAGAGUCCCAGUCAGUGUUUCUGCCCAGGACGAUGGAGCGCCACAGGCAUGCUGCUCGAGGUGAAGAUUUUGACUACCCCCCAAUGAUUAUGGAAUCUGGUGGUUUCAGUCCAACUCCUCAUCCUCCUCCAUGGCUGGGACCCCCACCUCCAUAUGAGGUUGCCAUCAAGACAACAUGUAGCUCUACACACCUGCGGCGUGCAUACUCAGACACACACCUGGCAUCAGAGCCCUUGUUUGGACAGUCAAGAGAGAUCAGCUUUGAGGUGUGA